AGGAAAGGGCGGGGUGUGGUUCAACACGAGCACAAUUGAGUGUGACACACAAAACAAAAAAGUUUGAACCGCUGAGAAAACAGACUACCUGUUGCUUAUUUGCUCAGUCGCAGGGCCACCUCUCUGUUUUCAGGUGUGAGGAGGGACGAGUGAAGAGGUGGAAAAUGUCUGAGCUAAGCGACGAGGCCAGUGAAUCCGAACAGUUGGGUGCCAGCCUCUCCCUGUGGCUGGGUGACUCCCUGGUGCGACCUGAGGAGCUGGAUGUUCCCUUGGACCUCCACACUGCCUGCUCCAUCGGCCAGUACGACGUGGUGGCAGAGUGCAUCAAAAAACGUGAGGUGAACCUAGAUGGUAAGAACAUUGGAGGAUGGACCCCACUGAUGUAUGCAUCCUACAUUGGACAUGACAACAUUGCAAAUCUCCUGCUGGAGGCCGGCGUGAAUGUAAAUGCAACCACUGCCAAAGGUCUAACCCCGCUGAUGCUGGCAGCAAGCUGUGGCAAUGAAAGUAUCGCAUAUUUCCUGCUUCAGCAAGGUGCUGAGUUGGAGCUGAAGGACUCAAUGGGCUGGACUGCUCUGUUCCACUGCACAAGCACAGGCCACCAACAGAUGGUCAAGUUCCUGCUGGAUAACAACGCAGAUGCCAAUGUCAAGGAGCCAGGGUCUGGUUUCACUCCCCUGAUGGAGGCUGCUGCAUCUGGACAUGAAAUCAUAGUUCAGUACCUGCUUGAUCACAAAGUUAGAGUAGAUGAUCGUAAUGCUAAAGGAGAGACUGCCCGCACCCUAGCAAUGAAGUACGACUAUACCAAGAUUGUCAGCCUCAUCGACUCACGCUCCCCAAGGAUCAAACUAGGACAUUUUGAUGACCUGAGCUCCUCUGAGGACUCGGACAGCGCACCCCCAAGGAUAAGGCCGAGCCGAAACCGGGUCAAAGGCAUUAGCAUCCAUGAUGGACCUCAGGCCAUUGCCCAGUUCCGAGUAGGAGGCACCAGCAAACUGUGUGAGCGUCCUGCUGUGCCACCAGGCUACAUGACGUUCCGUAAUAUUGGUGAACAGAGUGAUGGCCUCUGCUACCGUGAUGUGACCUCGCCCAUCAACGAGCUGGACGGCCAGAGCAACAGCAGCAGAGAUGACAGUCCAUUCUUUGACAAUGACAUGCCCACCAUGAGGAGCAGCAGUAGCAGUAGCGAAGGCUUGCCUCAUGUGAUUGGCCUCAACUGGGAAGGCUCUGUGGAGAGUAAUGAGGACUCGGACCAGUGCGAAAAGAGCAGCUCUCGCAGAGUAAACAAGAGCCAUCACUCAAAAGGCAAGAGUCGCCACGGGAGCAACGAUGCGGCUCACUCUAGCGGUACAGGGAACUGUGGGAUACGCGCACAUGUUGUUCCUCCUCCCUCCUACACUGGUCCAAAGGAUCUGGCAGAGUUCUUGGAGCAAAUUGGCUUCUCGAAGUAUCUCCCAUUACUUGAAGAGCAAGAUAUUGAUCUUCGGAUAUUUCUCACCCUGACUGAAAAUGAUCUCAAAGAAAUAGGAAUCACGUUGUUUGGACCCAAGCGUAAGAUGACCUCAGCUAUUGCAAGGUGGCACAGCAGCGCUCGACCACCCAGUGAUGCCCUUGAACAGGCUUAUGCUGAUCAGCUUGAGGCUAAGAUGCAGGAGAUGGCCAUUCAGUUACACAAGUGCUGCGAGGAGGUGGAGAACCUGCAGAGCCAGGUCUCUCAGGAGAAAGAACUGCGCACAGUGAUGGAGGGAUGUCUGAUGGAGGACAAGAUGGCGUGGAGGAGGGUCCACACUGAGCUGGUGGAGAACCACCGGCUGGCUCAGGACAUGAGUGCCACACUAGCAAAGGCCAGGACCUGCCGCAGCGAACUGCUCUCCUGCCUCGCUCCUGAUGGCAACAGCAGCUCUUAUACUGGCGUGGAAGAUAAAACAAAAGAUGACAGUGGUGUUAAAGCUGCAGACGGCCUGACAUGCUCAAGUGUUGUAGCGCUAAUGAAGAAGCUGGAUUCCUAUGAAGAAGAACUGGCAGGGACCCUGCAAACUGUGCUGCAGAGUCUAAGGCGACUGAGUGCCCCCGAAAAAGUCUCAGAUAGCUGGGAGCGGCCUUAACCUUUCCAGGGGUUUCUGCCAAUUAUCGACGGAGGGUGAUCUAACCACCCUGAACAAUCUCACUGAAAUGCGAGAAGGCCAAAGAUGAGGCCAGCCCUCUCGGACUCGACGCAGCCGACCUGCUGCCCCUCUGGGAUUGGCUGAUGGACCAGCCAGAUGUGGACAAGACCAAGGGUAACAGCAGCUGCUGCAGGGAGAAGACAAGCAGGCAGGAAGGGUACCUGACCCCCCGACAUGCUUGUGCUGGUGAAUACUGGGUUGUGAACAUGCACAGAGAGGAGGAGGGACUGAUCAUGGAUCAGAGGCUGUAAUACUGUGAAGCAUUUGUACAAACUGUACACUCUUCCUAUAUGAAAUGUGCUUUAAGUUAUCCUCAUGCCACCAAGUGAGGAGGUGCAGAUUUUUAAGAGUAGAGAAGUAGUCUGUUCAGUUAAAGUAAGCUCUACAGUGAUAGUGUAUGAUUUGAAUGUAAUCUUCUUAUUUGUAUGUUGUUUAAUAAUAAUGUCCUGCUGAAUGCAUUUUGAUGAGCUGAAGAUACUAGACAAGAAAAACCUGCAAAGACCUGUGAGUUAAUCAUUUAAACCAACAUGUUACACCAGGGAAGGUCUUUUCAAUCCAUUGUCAUUCUGUGGACAUGAGUUAUGAAUAAAAUGAUAACAUUUCAGAACAGACACAUUUUCCAAGCAAAAUAGCAGUUUCACAUUCUUUUUCAAAGCACAGUAUAAUUGACAGUCCAGUUUUAGAUUCCACUCAUUGGUGCUAUCAAGUGGUUAGUUAUUACCUUGUGAAUUUACUGUGUAUCACCCAGAACAGGAUCUGUUCUACCCUGAAAUCCUCCCAGAUCUUUAAAAUGCUGGAUAGUCUUAUUUGGACUAAAAUUAAAACCUAGUUAACUGAAUGUACAGGGUGGACGUUUCAAUACUGUCAUUAUUCUACUCGUUUUGAACUGACAGAUACACAUACUCUACAUACAAAUAAAACAGAAACAGAUAUUUUUUUCUAUUAAAUGUAUUUCAGUGUGAUCAGAUGUUGAAGCAGAUCCUUGUGAGAUAAACAACCUUUGUACAAAU